AAUAAAACCAGGCCUUCACACUAAUAGAGGACAGGUUCAUAGAAAUAAUAGAUAUAAUUGAGGUGAAGUGAGUAUAUCAAUUCACUCGUUGAAACGGAAAGGAAAGCAGCUACUUACAGCCAGUGAGGAGGACAUGUUCUGCUAUUUCUUAUUUUUCUUAUCAAUAUCUGCUGCCCUAAAUUUAUACAUAUACCUCUAGAGUCUGCAGUGUCCAGUGAACAGUCCUACCAUUCUAGUCCUAAUACAUCCUAAGAUUAUAAAAUAGUUCUGUCUUUAGUUUCUUUAAUGAACUUUGCUUGCAUUUAUCCUGUUAUACCUUCCCAUUGGAUCAAGGAUUUAUUUUUAACCUACUGUCUGAUGAAUUGUUUGGCAUUUUGGUAUGCCACAAAAGUGAUAGAUGUCCUGACUGAAUUUUCCGUGACUAAUAUAUAUUGGACACCUCGUUGCCUCUCGGCUCUGGUAACCAAGCAAUGGAGAUUUUGUUCUUUUCUACAGUGCCUGACAGGUCCUUACAAUCCCAAAAAAGUUGGAACUUUGCUACCAUUGAGGCAGGUGCCAUUUGUGCCACCUGCCUGUCCAAUUCUUAUUAUUAUUAUAUUAUUAUUCUUUUAUUAGUAAUACCCAUAUUUUUUAUUUUCCUGACAUUUUCUUGGCAGAGAGUUUAUUAAGGUGACAUUUUCCAUGUAAACUCUCUUAACUUUUUAUCUAUCUCUUUUUCUUUAUUUGGUCUCUUUCUCCUUCAUUACUUUUAUGGUAUUAAUUAAUUGCACUUGCAUCAGGUGAUAAAUGUUUAGUUUGUCUUAAUUUAUCGUUCAUAUACGCCGACCCACCAAGGAUUAAAAAAGGUAAACACCCUAUGGAUUAUCUGUUUAUCGUGGAUCCUUGGCCUUGAUUGAUGGUCAGUCCUCAUACAACCUUGAUGACGAGGCACUGCUUCAUGCCCUUUAACCUAUCCAUUUUGUAUCAUCCGUCGUCGAUUUCUCACCUCCAGGGACAACUGUCAGAAGGACUGACAAUGCUACACGACAUAUCUUGACAUCAUGUGGUUGUUGCUGUUCGACUUCAUCUGUAAAUUUGAGUCAUCUUAUUGUUGUCAUCUUGGGUCAUCGCAGACAGUGUCGUUUUUCACCAACCCAUUUUCAUUUUGCAUCAGCGUAUUACCUUGGACCAUAGCCGACAUCAUUCUUCACCAACCCAUCUCCAUCGCUUAAGUCUAUCACGAGGAUGAGAAGAUUAGUUACAAUCGAUGAUGGUGUAUUGCAAGAUUUUCAACAAUUGAACUUUCUCACUGUUAUUCAGACACCACUAUCAAAAUUACCUAAAAUGAGUGGACUUGGUGUACACAUUCCAAUGCAUAGAAUAGAUUUUGAAAACAAUAAAAUAAGGAUUAUAAGGACUAAUAAUGUCAGAGUACGAACAGAUGAUAUGUUUUUGAACUACAAUGCUAUUACAACGAUUGAAGGAUGGGCCUUUAAUGGUUCUGAAAUAUCAAAACUAAGUUUGAAAGGGAAUAAAGAAUUGAGUGACAUUGCUGUUAGUGCGUUUCAAGGACUUAAAAGUUUAAGAGAGAUUGACCUGUCAGAUACUUCAUUAUCAUAUUUACCAGUGCUUGGCCUUGAAGAACUUGAAAUACUUAACUUGGAAAAUACCAAGACACUGCGUACAAUUCCAUCAAUAUAUGAUCUCAAAAAUCUAAAAAAAGCAUUGUUAACAUAUUCAUUUCACUGCUGUGCAUUCCAAUAUCCAGCGAAGCACAACCCCAAAAGGCACAAAGUGUACAUUGAACAAUUAAAUAGAUUUUGUAAAUCUGUCUCAAGGAGAAAUGAAAGAGAUAUGGAAGAAGGAUUUGGAGAAAUAGUACCUGCUUUUCAUAAUUCAUCAAAUUUGAUCAAUCCAUCUAAUGUGGAUGUUGUAGGAGAAGUUGAAAAAAAGGUACAUCAUGGAAUUUUUCACCAAAUUUCUGCCUCAAUCAGCUAUGGAAAAAAUUAUGAGCUAUGUGGGAAAAUAACAAGAAGGAAACCAGUUGACUGUCGGCCUCAGCCUAAUGCCCUAAACCCAUGUGAAGAUAUGAUGAGUUGGGCAUGGUUAAGAAUAAGUGUCUGGAUAGUCUUAUCGUCUGCAAUUUUUGGGAAUGUUGCAGUUUUAGCUGUGCACAUAUUUAUUCGAAGUGAAAAAAAUGUGCCUCGACUUCUUAUGGGCAACUUGGCAUUUGCAGAUCUCUGUAUGGCAUUUUACUUGCUACUUCUAGCAAUAAUGGAUCUCAUUUCUACUGAGACAUAUUUCAAUUUUGCAUACAUGUGGCAAGAAGGCUACGGUUGCAGAAUCGCUGGGUUUUUAACUGUGUUUGCCAGUCAGUUAUCACUGUUUACACUUUGCGUUUUGACUAUUGAAAGAUGGUUUGCAAUAAGGCAUGCUCUUUAUAGUAAUAUCAUUGACAUUAAAUUAGCAUUUAAGAUAAUGGCUUCAGGUUGGAUUUACUCCUUGACUAUGGCAAUAUUACCACUUUGCGGUGUUAGCAGUUACUCUAAUACAAGUAUUUGCCUUCCAAUGGAAAUUGGUGACAAGUUUUCAUUAGCAUAUGUAAUUGUGUUACUAUCGAUGGCAGCAUUUGGAUUCGGAUUGAUGUGCUUUUGUUAUAUACAAAUUUAUUUGUCUUUGAACUAUGAGACGAGAACUCGAGGAGAGGGAUCAAUUGCAAAAAAAAUUACAAUACUGGUUGGAACUAAUUUCAUAUGUUGGGCUCCAAUAGCUUUUUUCUCUGUCACAGCAGUCGCCGGCUUUCCGUUAAUAAGUGUUACACAAUCAAAAAUCUUAUUAGUAUUCUUUUACCCCCUUAACUCAUGUGCCAACCCUUUUCUUUAUGCUAUCCUAACAAGACAAUACAGAAAGGACAUUGUUAUGUUACUAGCAAGGCAUGGAAUGUGUCAUCAAUGUGCUAGAAAAUAUACAUUUGUAUAUUCUAGGCCAUUAUCAAAUAAUAAUCGAAACACCGGUGAAACACAACUUUAAUUCCUAAAAUAAAGUAUUAUUAAAUAAUUUAUAUUAAAAGCUGUGAUAUUAUUAUAGAAUUAUCACUCUUACAAAUUUAAUCCAAAUGCUCAUAAUAAACAAUAAUUUACCUCAAAAUGUGAUUAAAAAAUCAUUGUUCUUAUUUUUUAACAAAUUAUCCUGCUAUAAAGAACACUAAGUAGUAUUUGAAAACAAGUAAAUUAUGCAGACAGUUAACUGUUUAUAAGACAAUGUCAAGAAUUGAAACGAUGAUUUUACUAAUAAUUUCAUUAAAAUAUAAAUUGUGAGAUUUCCUCCUGAUCUGCAGAGUGAUGAGCCUGUAAUUUGAUCCUUAUCGAAUAAAUUACACUAAAACAUGUUUGUUAAUAACAACUGUAGUACAUCUAUUCCGUUAGUUGGUCAAAGAAAAUGUUAAAAUGGACUUGUGAGUAAGUAAAAUAAUUAAAUACACAGUUGUCUUUACUGUAAGUACUAGAUCUAUACUGUAGUACUAGAUAAUGAGUACUCUACCACCAUUGAGUGAAUGGUAUAUAAAUAAAUAACAUAAUAGAAGUAAAUGAAAAGGUUGUAUUUAAGAAUAAGUGAGAAUGUGUCUAGGUCGUUGGGGGAUGAAAUGACCUACAUGUUGACAGCCCCUGAAGCCUAACUUUAGUGGUGGAACAAGCAGUAAUUACUUUGCGCUCAUCAGGAUCCCAUAAUCAAUAACCAUUUGCUGUAUCCAAUAAGCUGUUUAUACCUUUCUAAUAAUUUUCCAUCUCGAUCCUCCUUGGGUAUAUACCCAAGUGCAAAAGCCCGACUUCCAAAUACUCUCAUUUUUUCUAGGUUGACUGGCCUAUUGAACCAAACUUCAGCUGGUAUCUUCCCAUUUGCUUUUGUACAAAGUCUGUUAAUUAUAUAUAUUGAUGUUUGUGCUUCUCUCCAUAAUUCCUUAUUUAAACGCAUCUGGCACACGCAAUGCAUCUGGCCAUAUCUAGUAUUGUGCGAUUCAUGCGUUCGCAAAUUACAUUUUGUUCUGGAUUAUGUGGUAUGUUGUAUCCUAAUGUGAUACUAUGUUCCUUACAGUACUGAAUAAAUGAGUUUGAGACAUAUUCUCUUCCCUUAUCACAACGAAAAUACAAUAUUUUUUAUGAAAACAUGCGGAGACUUCGGCAUGAUAUUCCCUAAAAUAACUCUGAUUUUCUCUUUAGUAGGUAAACUUAUGUAAAAUGUGAAUAAUGUUUGAUAAAAGUUGCAUAGUAUUUGUAGCCAUCAUAAGUUAAGAGUGUAAAAGGACCUGCUACAUCUGAACUCACAACUUACAAAAUUCGCCUAGGCUUCCUUUCAUUUUCUAAAUGGUUAAAUGAUUUCCUAGUCAUUUUUCCCUUAAGACAAAUUUCACAAAUUUUGCUUUGUUUAUAGACCGAUGAAUGUUCCAUUUCCGGCGGCAGCAUCCACGUAAUCUGCGCCAUAGCCACUUUCGCUGUUUCAUAACGUAUCACGAGCUAAAACCCAAAGGGACAUGUUUUAAAAUUCCCUAUUGUCGGCAUAUACUAGAUCAAAGAAAGAAGGAAGUCGAAGAAAAAGGACAAAGGAAGCCUGACUUUUUCCGGGAGGUAUUUACGAGGACAAUCACUUCUGUCGGCUCGUUUUUCUCUUCUGGCUUGUCUAGACACACCAAGCUUGCACGUUUGGGAGGAAUUCUUCGUCUUCCUUCGCCGAACUAGGAUCUUCAGUUCAAAGAUCUUCUUCUGCCAUUUGGAAUUUUGGACUCCAUUCAGUCACGUUCCGCCAGACGUCUAUGUCUCGAUAUAGUUGGUGAGGUGCUCAUUUUUAACAUCAUUUCUUCAAAAUUUUUCUUUAAUAAAUUUUUCGAUUAACAAGAAUUGUGCCCAAGAUAUUUUAUUUUC